AUGAAAACUCGCCGACAUAUAAGCCUAGAUCAUAAAAAGAUGAAAGAAUGGUUGGUAUCCGCAUGUAGAGAGCAAGCAGACACAACAGAAACACUCCUAAACGCAGUUUCCUCGCGCCUAAAGAACUCCCUCAGGAACAUCUCCAGGAAAAGGCACGCUGAAAUUGAAGCAUUGAUAGAAACUUCCCUGCAGGAAAGACUAGAACCCGUAUUCCGCAAGAUAGUUAGCACACACUGUGUAAUAAGCCCAGAAGAUCUGGAAAUCCUCACGAAAGAAGCAGCAGCCAAAUUCCCCUCCCAAUUCGCACACAAACUCUCCAGUCUUAGCACAGAAAUAGACGCUUUUACUCUCAACCAGAGGAUUCUAUACGAGAAGUACGCCCUGCAGGCUCAGACGGUAGCAAUGCGAGUCUUCGGUCUUUUGAAGGAAGCGCUCGAAUUGAUUCUUUCCCAGUGCACGAAAGCACAUCGGAAGAAAAAAAUCAAAAAUCCAGGGCUCGAACCCGCCUUCUUCAAAGAUAGCUCCAUAUUACAGGAUAUAUCCACGUUCUCAGCCGGAAGAAAGGAAAGCAGUCUUAUGCUGGGAGGGGCUGUGGAGAAGAAGGGAGAAAUGCGCACUCGGAAGAACAUUUCUGAUUUGGAAGGGCCUGUUUUGGAGGGAGUGCUUGAGAUGAUUCGAAGCGGCUGCUCUAAUGGUAGAAGCAGGUCCAGUCUAUAUUUUUACCUGAAAGAAAUAACGGAAAAUAACGGAAAGAGCAUAGAUAUAGAGAAGAUAGACUUUUUGCGAAAGCACACCCCGAAUAACCCGGAGCGUAUUUUUUCUGUUGGGGAAUUCGCUGAGAGAAUAAAAACAGCAGAAAAUGAGUGCUUGAGGGAGGGAAGACGACUGUCUGACAGGGCGAAAGAAGUGGAAGAAAAGGCCAGGGAGAUAGUAUAUAGUAUGCGGGAGCACUUUGAACACAUACUAACUCAGAGACUGGUCUCUGAAAUUAUGCAGUUGGUUUCGGACGCUGAAAAGGAGGCGGGAAAAUUGCAGGGUCCUGAAAAAACGGAAAUGGAAAAAAUGGCGGGGUACCUGAAAAGUCUUGUUCUUCGGGUAGAACUGUUUCUGAAUUCCUCCGGGAAUCUUUUGAAUGAAGUUUCCAGGUGCUUUAACGCGGACUAUUUGCACAUGAAGCUGUCGGGUAGGGCUGUGGCAAGAAAGUUUGCGCGUUUUAACGGGGCUUUUGAAAAAAUACGGGAUAAAUUUCCAAAUGCGGAAACAAAUUUAGGUUUUGCCGCGGCUUUGCAGAACCUGAUAGACCAUCAAAACGCAAUAUGCGAGAAGACAGAGCAAAUACACGGCAAUGCGAAGGAGGCAGAGAACUGUCUUAUGAUGCUGGCCCAGCUCAUAGAAGGCGAGACUUUGGAAGCCCGGGAUCUCAGGGUUUCAACGUAUGAAAAAUUUGCAGACGCAACUAAAUUUACAGAAUUUUCAGGUUCUAUCAAAGAUAUAACGUCUAACCGCCUGGAAGAUGGAGUUACCCCGCGUGAAAUCAGAGUUAUGCUUUCAUCUCUGAAAAUAUACGAGAAGACAUACACCAGGCAACUAAAAGCCGAAUAUAUGCCCAAGACAGACGCUGAGAGAUUGCGGCUGGAAGAAAGUCUAUCGGAAAUUGAAGAAAAUGUACAGUUUCUUGAACAGAAACUUUCUUUAUUCGGGGAUUUGAGCGAGGAACAGGCCCAAAAGGAGGAGUGUCUUCGCUACGCAUAUCUGCAUACGUAUAAGAGCAGCUGCUUGUCGCAUAUGGAUCUUCUUCGGGAGAAGCUACAGGCUGAGAUGGUCCUACUGUCCUUAGAAGUUAUGGAGAAAAUCAAGGAAACCCCGAAUAACCCAGAGCUUAUUGAAAAGGUGAAAAACAGGCUUGAGGAUGCCCUUAAAAAUGAGCCACUGAGUCUGCUAACUGCGGAGUUUGCCGUUGAAAAUGAAUACUUUUGGGAGGAAUUGGCAAAUGUGGUAGAUCAGCUCGAUAAAGAGAUAGCCGAAGUUCUGAAGAAAGGCUCAGAUGAAGGAACUCGGAGCUGGGUUGCGCUUCAAAGCUCGAUCUUUGGGCUUUUCUUCGUCUUUAUGCUUCUUUCUCUGGGGCUAAUGUACAACUCGGGAACUGCUUGA